UUAUCCGUUCUGUAAAAUUGUAAAAGAAAGGAAUGUGCGAGUGAGGUGUAAAAAUGGUGAGGCCUCAAGGAGGAGGAAAAAAAGAAAGACGUGACGGCAUUAGUACCGGCCGGUUCAAGGGUGUGAGGAUGAGGAAGUGGGGGAAGUGGGUGGCGGAGGUCCGCCAACCCAACAGCCGUGACAGGAUUUGGUUAGGAUCAUACGAGACGGCGGAGGAGGCAGCGAGAGCAUAUGAUGCUGCCAUGUUUUGCUUGCGUGGUCCUACAGCGGUGAUAAAUUUUCCCGAUGAACCCCCGGAUAUUCUUUCGGCUGGUGAAUUGUCUCCGCCGCAGAUACAGGUUGCUGCCUCGAGGCACGCGAGGAGAGUUUUGCCUGAGUCGACUGGGUUGGGAAGCAGUGCGGUGGAGUUGGAGUUGAAACAGCCAGCGACUAGAACUGGAUUUUUUGGGGAGAGUGAAGAUAUGGGUUCUUCUUGUGAUUUUUCAAGUGCUGAUUGUUAUUUGGCAGCGGAGGAGGGAGGCGGAGGAGGAGGAGGAGGAGGAGGUGGUGUUGGUGUUGAGGGAGAAUAUUUUGGGACACAAAACAUGUGGAGUUUUUAAUGGUAUAACUAGGCAGUGCGCUCCAUUGCCAUCCCUCCAAAGAAAUAAGAAAGUCACACUUAUUGUAACUAAUUAGUUCCACGUGUAGACCUUGUGUAGUAGAAACCUUGGAGUUUUUCCCUAUUAUUCUCAUAUUUUAAUUGAGUGAAUUUUUCAUGCAAGAUUAUUAACCAAUAUCAAUUUUGAGAUUCGACCGAUCUAUUAAACCUAUUAUGCUUUAGAGCU